GUCAGAACCCUAAACCCCGUUGCCAUGGCCCUCCAUCUCAGGCUCAGACCCAAAACCCUAGCCCCCCUCCCAUCCCUCGGGCGCUUCUCUUCUUCCUCCUCUUCCCCUCCUCCUCCGCCGCCUCCGGCGGACUCAGACUCCAAUGGAGGCGGCGGCGGCGGCGGGGACAACGAAGACUCUCCUCCUCCCACCUCUCCGCCUUAUUCCUCUUUAUUCGGCGACAUCAAGGAGAGGCUCAAGUCCCCGCCCGCCCCUCCCCGCCGGAUCCCCACCGACCCUCCGCCGCCGCCUCCCCUCUCCUCCCCCAAACCCGGCCCAGCCGCCUCCCUCGAGGAGAUCCGCAAGCACCUUGCCGGAUUCCGGCUCCGAUCCGGCGGAGGCCCUCCGCCGCCAUCCGGCGAGCGCCCCCCGUCGUCUCCGCCCACGAUCUCCUUCCAGGAGCUCUUCAAGAACAACGUCCUCAACAAGACCGACGGCGGCGGCGCUGGCGAAUGGGGGCCGUCCGAGAAGGGCGCAAGAGUCUCCUUUGACUCCAUCAGGGAGAGUUUACGGCAGUUCCGGGCCUCCCCGAGAGACCAGACAGGGCCCCGCGGCUUCGAUUUCAAAGCAUUUCAGGAUAGCUUGAGGAGCCCGGCGGGGGAGGCGGAGAAGGGUCCGUCGCUUAUUGGAGGGAGGGAGACGCUGCCAGAGUCUAUUUUUGGGAAGGAAUUGAGGGAGAAGAAGGGGGAGGGGGACCGAGAGUCGAAGGCGCUGAAGACGGAGUUUGUGAAGAUGUAUAGCUAUGACGAGCUGGGCGAGAAGCUCCGGAAGCUGAGGCCGGAGGAAGCCACGAAGGGGGAUAAGGAUUGGUUCUCACUUAGCGAGUUGAAUGAGAGGCUUGCAAAGCUUAGGGAGUUGGAGGAGAAGGAGACUGAGUCAAGGAUGGGAGGGGUCUCCUUCAGGGAUCUGCGGGAGAGCCUUGUGAGGCUUAAAGAAGCCGAUGCCACUAAAAAGGCCAACAUGCAGAGGCUGUCGACCUUGAUAAAUCUUGGCGGGCAGGUGACUCCAACUUUCAAGCUAAAACCCCCACAGGAGCAUUUAUUGGAGAGGUAUUUCCAUCCGGAUCACAUGUCUUCGGCAGAGAAGUUGAAGUUGGAGCUCAAGAGAGUCAGAGAUGAAUUUAAGUUGUCCGAGUCAGAUUGUGGUUCUGCACGUGUUCAAGUUGCACAACUCACAACCAAAAUUAAGCAUCUGUCAGCUGUUUUACAUAAGAAGGACAAGCAUUCAAGAAAGGGUCUCCAAGAGAUGGUCCAGAGGAGAAAGAAAUACCUCAAGUAUCUCCGAAGGACAGACUGGGAUUCCUACCGCAUGGUCCUGUCAAGGCUUGGCCUCCGAGAUGUGCCGGAGUACAAGGCACCUGAGUAUAAGAGCUAAAAGGUAUUCCUAUUUGGAGCAGAAGUUGGGGUCUUGAUAAGGUGGUUUUGUUAUUAAUAAUGGUUUUGAUAUCUAUUUCAGCUGAGGCGGCAUUCGUUUUUGAAUAAUGAUAAGAUAAUUACUUCCUCUCGUCGAAUAUUGACAGCGAAUUCUUCUUUUAGCUUUCUUCGAGCCUGAGAGAGGAUACAGCAAAAUUUUUAGGAUACAUUUGUGGGUGGUUAAUCUUUUUGGUUUGUCUUUUUUUUUUUUCCUGUUGUCCUAUACAUUUCUUAGCUGCAGAAAGUCUCCGAUUCCACCUGCAGCCAAUCAGCAGAUGAUGCCAUGUUCAUCCGGCUACGUAUAUAAUCAUCGUUCUAUGAGUACUACCAGUCUACUUUUUCA